AUGCAAUUGACAAAUGACACUAGGGAGAUGUUUCCAAAUGAGAGAGCGAAUGAGGUGUCCUUUCAAGGCAGCACGGCAGAACUUCCAGACUGGUGCAAUCAGAAGAUCUUCCAGCGAGAUCGUCUUCGCUCUCGAUCAUAUUAUAUACCGAAUACUGCCUUGUCUUUGAAUGAAUCUUGGAUCUUUAACUACUCUCCGUCCCCUCAAGAAGCCCCUGACGGGAGAACCUGCAGUUCUAGGUCAUCAGUUGGACGACUGGGUGACGAGUGGAAAUCUAUCACAGUCCCACAUCACUGGCAGCUGCAAGGUUAUGGCCGACCACAGUACACUAAUAUUGUCUAUCCUUUCCCUGUUUGUCCACCUUACUCGCCCACAGAAAAUCCCACCGGCACAUACUGUCGGGAUUUUGAUGUUCCUCCCCACUGGGACAAAUGGUGCCAGAUCAGACUACGAUUCGAUGGCGUUGACAGUGCUUUCUAUGUGUGGCUCAAUGGAACACAAGUCGGCUAUUCUCAAGGGAGCAGAAAUCCCGCAGAAUUUGAUAUUACAGGAUGUGCACUCCGAGACAGACCGAACUAUCUGACGGUCCAGGUUCUUCAAUGGUGCUCAGGAAGUUAUAUUGAGGACCAGGAUCAGUGGUGGCUUUCUGGGAUCUUUCGGGAUGUGCAUCUCCUAGCAUUUCCUGGCCGUUCUCGAAUCGAUGAUUUCUUUAUCAAAACAGAACUUGACAACGAAUACAAAGAUGCCGAGUUAAUACUUGAGCUCGACCUGAAAUUAGACGAUGAUUGUUUGAUCUCGGUCGGCUUGAAGGAUGACAUGAACAUAACAGUCUGCGCGGACGAGUUAAUUGCAGUCUCGCCGCCAACCCGCACGUUCUCACACUCGAUACACGUUCCGAAUCCCCGCAAAUGGACUGCAGAGACCCCAUAUCUCUACAAUCUAGAAAUCAGCCUCUUCUCAACCCAGCCCACCACCACCCCUCUCGCUCAAAGAAUCCACCAACGCGUCGGCUUCCGCUGUGUCGAAUUGAAGCAAGGCAACAUCUGUGUCAACGGAAAAGCCAUAUUUCUUCAAGGCGCUAAUCGCCACGACCAUCAUCCGCAUUGGGGCCGUGCUGUACCUGUAGAAUUUAUCCGGAAUGACCUCUUGCUCAUGAAAAGCCACAACGUCAACGCAAUACGCUGCUCACACUAUCCUUCACACCCUGCCCUGACAGGCCUCUGUGACGAACUUGGUUUCUGGGUCAUCGAUGAAGCGGACCUCGAAUGUCACGGCUUCGCUGCCGCAUUCGAAGAGAAGGUGAGGAAAACAUCCAAAGACGCGGCUGACUUUACGUCUGAUAAUGAGGCGUGGGAAGCUGCUUACGUCGACCGCAUGCAACAACUCGUAGAACGGGACAAGAACCAUCCCAGCGUCAUCAUCUGGUCACUUGGAAACGAAGCAUUCUACGGCCGGAAUCACAUCGCUAUGUCUAAAUGGGCAAAGAAACGUGACCCCGGUCGUCUCGUCCACUAUGAACCAGACUGGCAAGCUCAUUCGACCGACAUGAUAUCCCACAUGUACACAUCUCCUGAUGAUUUGAUCAAAGAAGCUGAGUCUGGAGGAGACGAUUUCACCAAGCCCAUUAUCCUGUGCGAAUACGCUCACGCCAUGGGCAAUGGACCUGGGCUACUUGAAACUUAUCGAGUUGCAUUCCGCUCGCACAGGAGACUCCAAGGCGGCUUUAUUUGGGAAUGGGCUAAUCAUGGAAUAUGGAAAGAAGAUGGAAAUGGUAAAUCGUACUACGCCUAUGGAGGAGAUUUUGGGGAUGUCCCGAACGACGGGACUUUUGUUAUGGAUGGACUUUGCUUCAGCGACCAUACGCCUACGCCAGGCCUGGUGGAAUUGAAAAAGGCAUUUGAGCCGAUCAAGGCUUGGGUUGAUGAAAGCGGUUCAAAAUUGGUCGUGUUCAAUGGAUAUGACUUCGUUGAUUUGAAGCAUGUUGUUGCUGAGUAUCGAGUCGAGAUCUUCCGCAAUGAGACUCAAAGAAUCGCUUCGGGAGUACUACCUCUCCCUCCAAUUGAGGCAGGCACAGAAGACAAAAUCCAUCUGCCGAAGGAUGUACUCGACAUCUAUAGCUCACACGAAUGCUGGCUGACCGUGACAUUCCGCCAGAAAGAAGACAAGCCGUGGGCAAAAGCCGGCCAUGUCAUGGCAUGGAGUCAGGAUCAGCUCAACAUGCCUCCCUCAAAGUCAUUAACUAGCAUUCUUCAUGAACCCUCGUUGACGACGCUAACAAUUUCCGCACCUCAACAGGUCAAUCUCUCCGCAACAGCCCUCGUGUACAAGAUCGUCAGCUCAACAGGCUCAAUCACAUUUGACCGCGUCCGUGGACAGAUUUCCUCUUGGAAAUACAAGGACACCGACUUACUCACAGCCGAAGACGACUCUCCCUUGCUAGCUCUCAAUUUCUGGCGUGCGCCAACGGACAACGAUGCAGCAUGGCAGACUGGCGAGUGGAAACGGUACGGCCUGCACAUGAUGACCAGUCGACUCAGGUCCUUUGUCGUAGAGGAAGGAGGUGCGUCAGAAAUUUCAGGACCCAGAACACCUUCCGGAAAUGGCUCAGUGAAGUUGAAAGCCCACCACGCGCUCGCGCCCCCGAGCCUUGCUUGGUCUCUUGACGUCGAGACAACAUACACUGUUUCCACCGCAACAUCCUCAUCAUCUCAUCUCCGCCUCCAAAUCCAUAUCCACCUUCUACCUCACGGUGAUGCCCAUCCACUCACCCUCCCGCGCGUAGGGCAUCACGUUCAACUAUCCCCGUUCUACGACCACGUAGCCUGGUUCGGACGAGGUCCGGGCGAAAGCUACAGCGACAAAUGCGCCUCGCAAGCCGCGGGGAUCUGGGACAUGUCCAUCGCAGACAUGAUGACUAACUACGAAGUGCCGCAGGAGAACGGGAAUAGAUGCGACGUUCGAUGGUGCCGCGUUUCUUCGUCCGGGGGUAAAGGAGACGGUACGAAUAAAGGAGGAAAACUAAGAGCAGACGAGAGGAGAGGACAAAUUCCCUCCCUCUGCGCCACGUACAUGCCUGGGCCCGAGGAGACCGACAAACCACAUUUCCAAUUUGCGACGCAGUUUUACGACGCCUCAAUGCUCGAGAAUGCAAAGCACCCGUGUGACUUGGUCUCUCCUCGAGCUGGGGCGCUGUGGCGGAUCGACGGGGACGUCGCGGGCGUGGGCACCGGUGCGUGCGGGCCGAGAACAGAGAAGGAACAUGAGGUCGAGUGUCGUGAGCGUGAGUGGACUGUUGUGUUGGAAACAUGCUGA